AACUUUGUUUUGGCUAACAACACUGUUGCCGAAGUUCUAAAACAAAAUUUUCGCAAUAAAUUUUGAGAAAAUUACAAGCGCUGUAAAUUAAGUUAUCCGGAGCUUUGUUUUGUGUGCGUUAUUAGUGUAAAAUGCAAAAAUAUGAAAAAUUGGAGAAAAUCGGAGAAGGUACCUAUGGUACUGUAUUCAAAGGACGUAAUCGUGAGACCAUGGAAAUUGUAGCGUUAAAACGUGUCCGUCUAGAUGAAGACGACGAGGGUGUGCCGAGUUCAGCACUCCGAGAAAUUUGCUUACUUAAGGAACUGAAACAUAAAAAUAUUGUGCGUCUCUAUGAUGUCUUGCAUUCGGAUAAAAAGUUGACCCUGGUGUUCGAGCAUUGUGAUCAGGAUUUGAAGAAGUAUUUUGAUAGUUUGAAUGGAGAAAUCGAUAUGGCGGUUUGCCGUAGUUUUAUGUUGCAACUUUUACGUGGUCUAGCAUUCUGCCACAGUCACAAUGUGCUUCAUCGCGAUUUAAAACCACAAAACUUAUUAAUUAACAAAAAUGGAGAGCUAAAAUUAGCUGAUUUUGGUCUUGCUCGCGCAUUUGGUAUACCCGUCAAGUGCUACUCGGCUGAAGUAGUUACCUUGUGGUAUAGACCUCCAGAUGUGCUCUUCGGAGCAAAAUUAUACACAACCAGCAUUGAUAUGUGGUCAGCUGGUUGUAUUUUUGCUGAACUUGCCGAUGCUGGGCGACCAUUAUUUCCCGGAUCAGAUGUUUUGGAUCAAUUGAUGAAAAUCUUCCGUGUACUUGGCACGCCUACAGAAGAAUCAUGGCCAGGUGUAACUCAUUUAGCUGACUACGUGGCGCUUCCAUCUUUUCCGCCUAUUACAUCCUGGAGUCAAAUAGUACCGCGCCUUAAUUCCAAAGGUAGGGAUUUGUUACAAAAGCUUUUAGUAUGUCGACCAAACCAACGCAUUAGCGCGGAGCAGGCCAUGCAACAUCCUUAUUUCACUGAAAGUUCAUCAAAUCAUUAAAGAAAUAAGUUUAAUAUCUAUAAGUAUACUUACGUUAUUUAUUUAUGUUGCUGUAAUCGCUUCUAAUUGGCAAAAAAAAAAAUUAAUUUAGCUGUAACAAGUAUUUAUAAGAAUGUAUGGAGUGCAAGCAUCCCUCGCCCGGUUGUGCACUGGAUGAUGUUAAAUCUUAAGAUAAUUUCGAAAACAAAUCAAAAUGGUUGAACAAAAAAGCCGUCUUAGAUGUUUGUGUGAUGCGUUGUAAAAUUUAGUUGUUUAAUUUAUACUUAUAUUAUAUAUAUGUGUAUGUAUAUGUAAGAACGUAUGACAACUCAGUUUAAGAAUAUUUAUUCCAUUAUUUCUUUUUUAACCAAAUACAUGGGCUGUAUAUGCUUUAGCAAGAUCGAAAGUUGCAUUCAGAUUUACUGUUAUAUAAUUUAUAGUUUGUAUAUUUAAGUUUUAUUUAAAAUUGGAAAACAAUAUAAAAAUAUAAACUUCGAUUAGAAUUAACUAGUGAUUGAAUUAUUAAUAUUACAUAUACGUAUAUGUACUUAAAACUUACUUACUUACAUAUAUGUAUAUAUGUACUUAAAACUUACGUACUUAACGCCAAUAAAGAAGAAGAUAUGUACUUAAAUAUAAGCGAUAUUGCCAUUAUACCUCCUCUCCGAUGGGAGCGUUUACAAUUUUUGUAAAAUGAAGGUCUCUGAGAUUGAUGGAGAAUUACACUGUCCCAAUCAUAUUUAAAUAAAUACAAAGAACUAAA